GCCGCGGGAGCCGGCGGGCGGCGCCGCUCGCUGCCUGCCCGGUGCCCGGCCAUGAACAGCAUCAAGAACGUGCCGGCGCGGGUGCUGAGCCGCCGCGGCGGGCACAGCCUGGAGGCGGAGCGGGAGCAGUUCGACAAAAGCCAGGCCAUCAGCAUCAGCAAAGCCAUCAACGCACAGGAGGUGCCGGUGAAGGAGAAGCAUGCCCGCAGGAUCAUCCUGGGGACCCACCACGAGAAGGGCGCCUUCACCUUCUGGUCGUACGCCAUCGGGCUGCCGCUGCCCAGCAGCGCCAUCCUCAGCUGGAAGUUCUGCCACGUCCUGCACAAGGUGCUGCGCGACGGCCACCCCAACGUGAUCCAGGACUGCCAGAGGUAUCGAAGCAACAUCCGCGAGAUGGGAGACCUGUGGGGCCAUCUGCACGACCGCUACGGGCAGCUGGUGAGCAUCUACGCUCGCCUCCUCCUCACCAAGAUCUCCUUCCACAUCAAGCACCCCGAGUUCCCCCCGGGCCUCGAAGUCACGGAUGAGGUGCUGGAAAAGACGGCUGGGACCGACGUGAAUAACAUCUUCCAGCUGACGGUGGAGCUGUUCGACUACCUGGACUGGGAGCUGAAGCUGUCGGAGUCGGUGUUCAGGCAGCUCAGCGCGGCCGUGGCCGUGUCGCAGAUGUCGGCGGUGCAGUGCCGCCUGGCCCCGCUCAUCCAGGUCGUCCAGGACUGCAGCCACCUCUACCACUACGCCGUCAAGCUCAUGUUCAAGCUGCACGCAUGUCUGCCGGGCGACACGCUCCAAGGGCACCGCGACCGCUUCCACGAGCAGUUCCGCAGCCUCAAAAACUUCUUCAAGAGGGUGUCCGACAUGCUGUACUUCAAGCGGCUCAUCCAGAUCCCCCGGCUGCCGGAGAGCCCCCCGAACUUCCUGCGGGCCUCCGCGCUGGCCGAGCAUGUGAAGCCGGUGGUCGUCAUCCCUGAGGAAGUCCCCGAGGAUGAGGAGCCGGAGAUGCUGAUCGAGAUCGGCACAGCCCCUGCCGCGGAGCAGCAGGUCAUCUCGGAUACAUUCGAGCAAACCUUUGGGCCGCCCAACGGCAUUCGUGACGACAGGGACGCGCAGAUCGAGAGCCUGAAGAAGGAGGUGGAGGCGCUUCGCGAGGAGAUGGAGAAAAUUAAACUGGAGGCGCAGCGCUACGUCACGCAGCUCAAGGCGCAGGUGAACAGCCUGGAGGGCGAAGCGGAGGAGCAGCGCAAGCAGAAGCAGAAGGCGCUGGUGGACAACGAGCAGCUGCGGGACGAGCUGGAGCGGCUGCAGCGCGCCAAGGAGGACGGCGACCGCUCGCAGCGCCUCUGCCUCGAAGCCGAGAGGAAAGCCGGCGCCACGGAGCUGCGCUACGCCAAGCUGAAGGAGAAGCACAGCGAGCUGGUCAACGCGCACGCCGAGCUGCUGAGGAAGAGCGCCGACACGGCCAAGCAGCUGACGGUCACCCAGCAGAGCCAGGAGGAGGUGGCGCGCGUCAAGGAGCAGCUGGCGGUUCAGGUGGAGCAGGUGAAACGCGAGUCCGAGAUGAAGCUGGAAGACCAGAGCCUGCGGCUGGAGCAGCUGCGCCAGGAGCUGGAGGCCCGGCAGGACGAGCUGAGCCAGGUCCAGCAGCGCCUCGGCCGCGCCGAGCAGGCGGGCUCGGAGCUGGGCGCCCGCGUGGAGGCUCUGCAGGAGGAGAAGGAGCUGCUGCGGCGCUCGGCGAGCGAGAAGGAGCGCGAGCUGCUGGCGGCGCAGGGCCUGCUCCGGGAGCAGGAGCUGCGGCAGAGCCGGGAGGCCGAGCGGGCCGCCGGCGAGGUCCGCGAGCUGCACGGGCGGCUGCUGGAGAAGAGCGACCGGGAGCAGCGCCUGCAGCAGAAGCUGCUGGACGAGCAGUUCGGCGCCCUGCGGGAGGCCGCGCGGGAGGCCGCGGCCGUCGUGCGGGACGCGCUCGCCCAGCUGGACGACCCGCUGCACGUCCGCUGCACCAGCUCCCCGGAUUACCUGCUCAGCCGGGCGCAGGCGGCCCUGGACUCCACCAGCGCCCUGGAGCAGGGGCACGAGCGCUACGUGGCCGCCGCCGCAGACGCCGCCGGGCUGGUGGGGGCCUUGGUCCUCUUCUCGCACCUCACCGCCGACGCCAUCGUGAACGGCAGCGCCACGUCCCGCCUGGCUCCCCCGGACCGCGCCGACCGGCUGAUGGAGACCUGCCGCGACUGCGGCCGGCAGAGCCUCGACUACCUGGGCGAGCUGGCGGACCAGCGGUCGCUGCGCCGGGCCGAGCUGGCCGGCGUGCGGGCGGCGCUCCAGGGCCUCCUCCGGCUGGCCCAGGAGCUGAGACCCAAGAGCUUAGACAUCAAGCAAGAGGAGCUGGGGGACAUGGUUGAGAAGGAGAUGGCCUCUACCUCGGCAGCUAUCGAAGAAGCCGUCAGGCGGAUAGAGGAGAUGAUGAGUCAGGCCAGGAACGAAAGCUCCGGUGUCCAGCUGGAGGUGAACGAGAGAAUCCUGAACUCCUGCACAGACCUAAUGAAGGCAAUUCGACUUCUUGUAAUGACAUCCACAAACUUGCAGAAGGAGAUAGUAGAAAGCGGCCGGGGGGCAGCAACGACGCGGGAGUUUUACGCCAAGAACUCGCGCUGGACGGAGGGGCUGAUUUCCGCCUCCAAGGCGGUGGGCUGGGGCGCCUCGCAGCUCGUGGAAGCGGCGGACCGGGUCGUUCUGCGCACGGGCAAGUACGAAGAGCUGAUGGUGUGCUCCCACGAGAUCGCCGCCAGCACGGCCCAGCUCGUCGCUGCCUCCAAGGUGAAAGCCGACAAGCGCAGCGGGAACCUGGGCAAGCUGCAGGAGUGCUCACGCAGCGUCAACGAGAUGGCCGCCAACGUGGUGGCCUCCACCCGCUCGGGCCAGGAGCGGAUCGAGGAGAAAGACACCAUGGACUUCUCGGGCAUGUCUCUCAUCAAGCUGAAGAAGGAGGAGAUGGAGGCGCAGGUGAAGGUGCUGGAGCUGGAGAAGCAGCUGGAGGGCGAGCGCCGGCGCCUGGGCGAGCUCCGGCGGCAGCACUACGCCUUGGCCGGCGGCUGCGGCGCCGAGGCCGAGCCGGCGCCGGAGCCGGCCCCUCGCCGCGGCAUCCUCAAGAAGCCGCCGCUGGCCCAGAAGCCCGGACACCUGCAGAAGCAGGAGGGUGAGCUGGAGCAAGACGCCGACCUUUUCCAGGCUCACGUCGCCACCUUCUAGCGUGCGCGGAGGGAGAGGAGCCGGCGGCCGGGGCUGCCGCUCUCGCGUCUGUGUUUUAAACAGAUGACGGCGCCGGGGCUGCCGCUCACCCCGGGGGGGCUACGAGGGGAGUGCAGGUUUUUUUUCUUUUCUUCUUCUUCUUCCUUUUUUUUUUUUUUUUUAACAGUUUAUUCCUAUCAGCGGGGCAGCCGAGCUCCUCGCAGCAGUGCUGGGACACACCGGUGGCCUCUUGGAGCAGCAGCUCUCCCUCUUAAAUUUAACUUGGGAUUGGUUUGGGUUGAUUUUCUUUAUUUUUUAUUUUUUAUUUAUUUCCCCCCUGAUUUUAUCAGCACUAGGACUCUUCACGAAAUGUAGCUCUCUACUGUACUGCUCGGACCCUUUUAAAGAAAUGUGAAAUGUUUUUAAAGUAGGGAAUUUUUUGAUCUUUUCUUGCAACAGUUUUUUUAAUUACCCUUUUUCCAGCCUGAGGAAUAAUUUAACUUGGUUUCUGCAUGGGAUUGGUUCUCAAAGGACAGGACAAUUUAGCUUUACCUGGUGCAAGGAACAGGGCUUUUAUAAGGGAGAAAAAAAAAGAAAAAAAAAAGGGGGGAAAAAAAAAAGCAGUUACUAGCACACACUGGCAAUAAGGAUACAACCAUUCUUUUUCUUUUCUAUUUUUUAUUACUACAGCAAUGUCAGGGGAUCAGUUUCAUUAUGUUUUAUAUUUAAGGUAAUUAGCAGAAUUAAAUAUAACUGUGGCCUGUGUGAGCCAUGGGCUAUUAGAAGUCGAAAUGUCUGAAGCAAUAAGGAAUUAGUGUCCGGAAGCGACACUUGGGUAUAAGAAAAAUUCUGUAUCUUCUCUUUGAACUACUACCAAGCCGUAGAUUAUUAAAGCAGCAUAUUUAAAAUA